AACACUAAAGAGGCCAUUUCGUUGGCCCGACAAGACCGGUCCGGCAGCCUUCUUUACCUGAUUCAGCGUCUCCUGCCCAAGACAGACAGGGCUACUUACAACGAGGUGGCUGCCCUGCGGGUGCGUCUCGGACAGGCAGGCACUACCUCUUCGGAACCUUAA